AUGUGCCUGAGCCACACUCGAGGAGGGCCCGAUGCGCUGGACUCAGAGUGCUGUACAGACAUCUGGUCGUGCUCUCUGAUCCCUCAGGCCUCUGCAGACUUCCUCAGGCUCAGAGUUCAGGGCGUUCAGGUGAGCGGAUGUCACACACUGUGGAGGAAGACACUCACCCAGAGCUUAAGGAGGUGGCGUCACCACUGGGUGGCCCAGAAGCUGAUCACCGUGGGUCAGGGGUCUUCAGUGCACUCAGGUGCACUCAAGUGCACUGAGGCCGCAGCGCCUGUCAAAAUAUGGGUCACACUUCAAGCUCUUCACAGGGGUAACUACAGCCACGAGCACAGACACACCUGA